AUGUCCGACCUGGUUCUCUUGAACUAUUAUCUUGGCAUAGAAGUUCGUCAGAGGCCUAGGAGCAUAACCCUGUGUCAAUCAGCCUACGCCGAGAAGUUGCUGGACAAAGCGGGUUUGGGGAGCUGCAACCCAACUCUCGCGCCAAUGGAGCCACACUUGAAGGUUAGCAAGGAGAGCAUGAGCUCUCCUGUUGAUGCUCCAUUCUACCGAAGCAUCAUAGGGAGUCUCUGCUACCUUGUUCAUACCCGUCCGGACAUCACAUUCGCCGUCGAGUACCUCAGCCAGUUCAUGGAUGCACCGGCAGUCGAACACCUCAACGCCAUCAAGCACAUGUUACGAUACAUUGCAGGUACACGAAGCUACAGGUGCAGCUAUCUCAAGCACUACGGUGCGAUCGAGUUAGUCGGGUACAGCAGCUCUGACAUGGCCAAAGACGUGGACGAUCGAAAGAGUACCACUGGUGUGCUGUUCAUGCUUGGGAACAGUCCAGUGUCAUGGAAAUCACAGAAGCAAAAGAUUGUGGCCCUCUCAUCGUGUGAAGCAGAGUAUGUGGCCGCCACGACUACAGCCUACCAAGGAGUGUGGCUGGGAUGUUUGAUCGGUGACCUGCUUCACAGGAAGCCGGACAACAACAUCAUCCAUGUGGACAACAAGUUUGCAAUUCAGUUGUGCAAGAACCCUGUCUUCCACGACUGA